AUGUCGGACAAGGGGGAACCUCCCCCAACACGCCGUAAACCACCUGAUAGGCGUCCGGGAGUACUCGACAGGCCCCUCAUGGAGCGAGACCUCUUCGCUCCUGAGAGAUCUAGAGUGCUCCCACCUUACAGCCAACUCCCGAGGCGAAUAGGCAGUAUACCGGCGCCCGGCGCCGCGCUCGGCGCAGGUGAAGCUGUGUCUUCACCGAGCGCAGAACUGGCUCCAUUACCACGCCGGAGCCUAGCCUCGCGGAGACGUACACCUCCUGAGAUAGAACAAGACCAGCUGCAAGAGGAGAAAAGGCUGAGAGCCGGAUCAGACUCACUAUCUGAUUCGGCAUCGCCUUCUGCCUCUGCCACACCACCUGAGAUACAAGCCCCACAACCUGUGGUAAGACAUAACAGACCGCCUAACUCACCGUCUCCAACCACCUCUCCGGCCUGCACCGCUGACAUGCAGGAUUUCGGUGAGGAAGACCCGGAAGGAGAGAGAGAGUGGGACAAUACGUCCUACGCCACUCUAGCCCCAAUUCAAGACUCCCAACCUGUAAACCAGGAGCCCAUACCUGGUCCAUCUUCAGCGCCAGACUCUUAUGCGCAAAUUGCAGCAGCGCCGAGGCUGCUGCGAAAGGGAAAUUAUGCAGAGCGUGUGGGUGCCGGCGCUCCGGUGUACCUGGCCGCAGUCAUGGAGUACCUCGCCGCUGAAGUUCUAGAGUUGGCCGGUAACGCUGCUCGGGACAAUAAGAAGACCAGAAUCAUACCGAGACAUCUUCAGCUUGCCAUCCGCAACGAUGAAGAGUUGAACAAGCUCCUCUCCGGUGUGACGAUCGCCCAGGGCGGUGUACUACCCAACAUUCAGGCGGUCCUUCUUCCCAAGAAGACCGAGAAGAAGGCCUAA